GAUAGACUACCCGUCCCUUUUUAAUUAACAUAGAAAAAACGAGCCAGAGGCCUACAGAUAAUAUAAAAAUGGCGUCUCCUGUAUUUUAACCUCGAAUCCCGUAUUUUCAAUGCAGUUUUCCCGUAAAACCGGAAAUCAGAUCUGGUCACCCUAUAUGGGCACCUGAUUCUGAACUUUGAUAUUGUGGAACUUAGAUUUUCAAUUGGUAGUAUUGGUACUAUUAUUGGUACGUCAUAAUCGUAUUGAUUGUAUAAAACACAUUUUUUAUUGGAAAGGCAAAAGGUACGUAUUUAGUUAGGUGAUUUGUUUACCGGGUGCGGCGCCUAGCGGUCACUGUUUGUCCGCAAAAACCACAAUGAUUUGACACAACUUGUUUUAUAAGUCAAUGUGGUAUAGAAUUAUUCAAUAAACACUUCAUUUUUAUUGCCCUGUACAUUCAUAAUAAUGUUUGAUUUCUAUGUCCUUCUUGAAAGAAACAAAUGAUUUUUACCUUAUGACGAACCCACCAGGAGACUGGUAACUGCUAAAAUGACUGCUCGUUAUACAUGCUCGUCGGUUUACAUGGUCGUAAAAACAUACGUGAUCAUUAUCAGCUAUCCGCGAUAGACGGCCAGUAUUAUUUUUGUCACAGAGUGAGUCGCGCGUCGGGUGCAUUCUCUCUUGUCUCCAUUAUUAUAACCUCAAUAUAUUCCAAAUACAAAUCACGCGGGGAAAAAGAGCGCGAAAACAAACGUCAAACGAAUUUCAGCAUUAUGGGGCACCUGUUAAGCCGCUGGUGGUGGGGCGGCGACCCCGAAGCUGCGAACCCGGUAUCGGGCCUAACUUUACGCCAGGUCUACCAGAUCCAAAUCACCUGGCAGCUCGUGAACGCAGACGCGGGUAAAUACGGAAUGGAGCUGUUCUUAAGAUUAUUUCGUGCCAAUCCAGAAUCAAAGACAUUCUUCAAAGCUAUCCGCGAUCUCGACGAAGACAGGAUAAGAAACAGCUACCAGUUCAAAGCACACGCCAUUAACUUCAUGUCAGCUAUUAGCCUGGCCGUGACCAACCUGAGGCAACCAGAAGUGGUUGUGGCUAUGAUGGAUAAGCUUGGAGAGUCACAUGGCAACAGGAAAAUUUCUACGAAGUAUUUCUACGAAACAAAAGCCGUCUUGGUUGGCAUGCUGAAGAAUGAUUUAAAAUUAACAAGCGAUCAAAUUAUGGCGUGGGAAUCAUUCAUAAGUUUUAUGUACAAACAUAUUCUUGAUAAGUUAUAGCGAACAAAAUUAUAUUUAACAUAGUUAUGUACUCGUAGAUUGUUUUUACUGUUAAGUACUGACUGAAAAUUUAAAUACCUUUUAAGUACUAUUGUUAUAUUUAUACAUACGUGUUAUUAAAUGUACUUUUUUUUACAA